UAGGGAUCGUUGCAGUACGAACGUUCACACGCAGUACGUUCGCGGCCGCUGUUACGAUUACCGCAGUCAUGGUGAAGGCGAUCUGUGUGUUGAAGGGGACCGGCGAAGUGCACGGGGUGAUCCGCUUCGAGCAAGAGGCAAGCGGUAAUGAGCCUGUCAAGAUUGAGGGAAAAAUCGAAGGACUGACAGCUGGAGAACACGGCUUUCAUAUUCAUGCGUUUGGCGAUAACACUAACGGCUGUAUAAGUGCCGGACCGCACUUUAACCCACACAACAAGACUCAUGGCGGACCAGCCGACGAAGAAAGGCAUGUUGGAGAUCUUGGAAAUAUUACUGCCGGUGAAGAUGGAGUGGCUAACAUCGAGUUUACCGAUAACAUUAUCUCACUUACUGGUCCCUUCUCUAUUAUUGGACGCACCACUGUGGUCCAUGAGAAGAAAGAUGACCUGGGCAAAGGUGGAAAUGAUGAGAGCAAGGUGACUGGGAACGCUGGUGGCAGACUGGCUUGUGGCGUGAUCGGGAUUGCUCAGUGACCCGUGGGCAUUACUAUACCUUGAAUGCACUUAGUUUUGUGGCCUGGCCUAACUUGUUUCCGCUCAUAUGCAGUUCAUUUUAAGACAUUUCUGUUGCAUUUGUCUGUUUGAAUACUACACUUUGUGACUAGAAAGUGCUGUCAACCACAAAACAAAUACUGCACCGUUUUAUAUAAAAAUGUGUUUAAACC